CGGAUCUGAUCUGAGUUCCGUUUUUAAGGUUUCUCACUGAAGUUUGUUUCUGUGAGCAGCUUGUUUCUGUUGGCGGUUGUUUGUUUGUUUGUUUGUUGUUUGUUGACGUCACUGUGACGCUGCAGACGAUUAAAACCUGAACCCGCGGCUGUUUAACGACCCACUGAUCGGAGAGUCACCGAUAGGACCGGGACCGGGACCAGGACUCGGAUCAGCUCCCAGUCUCCUCCAGUUCCCUCCCAGUGCUCCCAGUGCUCCCAGUCCCCCCACCAUGAAUGUCCACCCCCGGAGGAUCCGUCUGAAGCCCUGGUUGUUGGCUCAGGUGAACAGCGGCAGGUAUCCUGGUCUACAGUGGCUCAGUUCAGACCACCGACUCUUCCAGAUCCCCUGGAAACACGCUACGCGCCACACGCCAACGUCAGACGAGGAAAACACCAUCUUCAAGGCGUGGGCUUUGGAGACAGGUAAAUAUCAGGAAGGUGUGGAUGAACCUGACCCUGCAAAGUGGAAAGCAAACCUUCGCUGUGCUCUGAACAAAAGCAGAGAGUUUCAGCUGAAAUUUGACGGCACUAAAGAAACUCCGGUCCAACCGUACAAAAUCUACGAGGUCUGUGAGCAGCCCGGGAACACAGAUGGUGUUGAUGAUGAUGAUGAGGAGAUGCCGAAUCUGAUGGACCUCACAAUCAACCCCAGGAUCAGUGACCCCCCCCCCUUCAGCUCCUUCCCAGCUCAUUCAGAGGUGAAUCAGUUCAGUUUGUCCACCAACGGGACGUUUGGACCGCCACAUGUGAUCCCGAUACCUCUUCUCCCAGACAGAGUCGUCCCCAUGACCUCUGACCUCCCCAUGACCUCUGACCUCCAGGCUCGGGGUCGGAUGGUGGAUCAGGGGAGCUUCGUCCAUUCUGCAGGACUCUCUAAUGGACUCCAGGACUUGAAUUCUCUGCCCACGCCGGCUGCCUCUGCUCUCCCCGGGCCGGCCCCGAUGGAGGCCAGCAGCAUGGGGGGUGUACAAAACCAAGGGGACCCUCAGAACCACCAACCCUGCAAAUACGACCUGCUGAGCAGCAUCCCAUUAACAGAUCUGGACCUGAAGUUCCAGUACCGGGGCCGAACGAUGGGCUCUCUGACCGUCAGUAACCCUCAGGGCUGCCGUUUGUACUACGGACACCUGGAGCCAACCCCAGAGCAGGUGGACCUGUUCGGACCCGUCACCCUGCAGCAGGUCUUGUUCCCGGGGACAUCUGAGAUCCAGAACCAGAAGCAGCGGUUCUACACCGAGGCUCUGCUGGACGUGAUGGACCGUGGUCUGAUCCUGGAGAUCUGGGAGCAGGAUAUCUACGCCGUCCGCCUCUGUCAGUGUAAGGUGUUCUGGUCCGGACCGGGCAUGCCUGAACAGGGUCCUCCGAACCCCAUGGAGAGGGAGAAGAAGAUCAAAGUAUUCAGUCUUAACGACUUCCUGCAAGGACUGAUCUUGUUCCAGAAAGGUGAAGCUCAGAACCCUCCACCCUUUGAGAUCUACUUCUGUUUCGGGGAGGACUGGCCCGACAAGAAACCCAAAGAGAAAAAACUCAUCAUCGUCCAGGUGGUUCCUGUGGUGGCUCGGAUCCUGACAGAGAUGUUCUCUGGAGAACUCAGCUGGUCCACAGACAGCAUCCGGCUGCAGAUCUCAAACCCUGAUGUAAAGGAUCAGACGGUGGAGCAGUUCAAGGAGCUGCAGAGGCUCCUGCAGAGCCAACACAUCCAGGGUCCCUGGACCCCUAAUAUCCCCUGAACAACAGGACUCGGGGAUAACGGGAUAAUGGGACAGUUGACGGCUGUCCUGCCUCAUCAUCAUCAUCAGCUCCAGGACUCGAGAAGGUUCAGGAGGACCUGAGACUAACAGCACAUCCACAUCCUAUUCAGAGAUCCUGAACACUCCAAGUGUUUGUGUUAAACACUGAACUGGUCCUUUAAUGAACCCUUCACACUGUGAACUCCUGUGAAGUCCUGAGUCCUGAUGAGUUCAGGUCAACACUGCUCAGAUUGUUUCAGAACAACAGCUGAAUGUAACAAUGGACAUCAGAUUAACUAUAUACUAUAUACAAUAUGUAAGUGUAAUUAAAGAUUCAAAUGGUUGUUUUAAACUUUUCUGCCAUCCUGCACUUGUUAAACUGAACUUUAGUUAGAAAACAGCUGAUCUUUGCUCAUUUUUAAAGGAAGUGAAACUUUCUGAUUAUGUUCUUCAGUGUGAACUGGACAGUGAUCAUCAGUAUUGUAAUGAGUUGAAGGGCAGGUUCACAUUUUUUCAAGUCUAUCCUAAAACAACCCUCUCAUGUCCAUCAUGUAAAGAGCGAUCGUUCCUCCUGUUCAUACUGACUGAAGAGGUCUCUUCAUAACUCAGCUACACUAAAAGAUGGAGGUCAAAAUCCACAGUCCUUCUAAAGUUCAGCUGAAGUUGAUAUGAAGCUUCAACAGUUAGAGUUACACUAAUUAUGUGGGUAUCUCUGUCCUGACAUUUGUCUGCAGGUUUAUUUAUAAUGUUUUGUCCCGACAACAAACCUUCAUGGGACUACUUGGACGUAUCCCGCCGCUGCAGCUCAACAACACAAAGAGGGAAUUUUAUAUUAAACAGUCUGUAACUUUGGAAGAUCUCCACGUGAUUCGUCUAACUCUAACUAAGCCUUAAAUUAGCAUCUUGGAUUACAACAGAUUUGAAAAAUCCAAAUCUGUCCUUUAACCUCUGACAUGUUCAAUGACCACAAACACAUCACUGUGUUUUUAAACUGUUUUAGAUCAUUUCAGUAAGUUUCCUCUCAGUAAGUGAUUCAGGAUUUCAAUAAAGACCACUGCAGUAUUCUUUCACA